UAUUCAAUUGACAAUAAGAAACCCUAGCGAGUUGAAAAAGAACCUUGAGUUGAGUUGAAAAAUAACCCUUGUGCAGCAAAUACACACAUGAUUUGAAAAUUCGCGAAAAACCUACUUUAAAUUCAAAUCAUUUUAUCACUUAAAAAUUUAUAUAAAAAUGACGUCUGAUCAACAAAAUGGAAAAUCUCCAUUUUUGCCAAGAACAACGAUGGAUAACGAGGAAAACAAAAACAACACCAACAAGUUUAGGAGAACAAACAUUAAUUCUCUUUGUUCCUUCAAUUUCAAUCGGUUCCAUUAUUGUGUUUUGUUAUGCUGGCUGUUUGGAAUUUUCUUCGCAACCCAAAUGAUUUUUUCCGUAUUUUCAAAUUAUAUACCAAAAUGGAAAUGUUUAUCAAAUAAUACCACAAAUUUUGCUAGAAAUUGUACAAUAUAUCAACAAUGUCCAGAGAAUUUGAUACAAUUUGAAGAGAACAUACCUUUUCAUUCAGCGGCAAUGGAAUUUGGUUGGAUUUGUGGAGCUAAUGCAUAUAAUCGAGCUUUAUUUAGGUAA